AUGCUUCGAACAGUUGGCGCACUGCUCGGAAGAGAAAGAUGGCUCACUACAUCAUUGCGUCUUCAAUCAUCUUCAUGUUUAGGCAAAGUGUGGACAUCAUGUGACGACACGAGGCUGCCAACAUCAUCAUCAACAUUACAUCCCAACAGUACAUGUGCGCCACGUAGAUCAUACCUCUCAAUAUCACAUCAAUCAUACUCAACUGUUAAUACUACAACAUCAACAUCAACAUCAACAACAAAGUCACAUGAUCAAUCAUACGAUGAUUGGAUGGCACUUCUUAAUCUCAACCCAUCAGCGGCAAUAGAUGAGUUGAGGAUCAGAGUGUAUUCGAGACAUGAGAGAUCGUCAUAUUACGCAGGACUCUAUAACAAGAUCAAGGAAAGCAAUCAUAGGCCAUCGGUGGAGUUGUUGAAUACAUUGUUGGAGGGUGCCGUAUCGGUAAAGGCCGACAGAUCACUCGUCGAAUCAUUGGCUGACGAGGUCAUCCAAAGAGAGAAGCCACAGAACACAGGCAGGACCCAAGAGUUGCUGCUUCAGUACUACCUCACACAUUACAAAGCCAAUACAGUGUACUUUAUAAAGCCACUCGAUCAAAUACUACAGCUUGAUCUGGCGCUGACAUCGGUCAACAUGUCCACGCUGGUCCUGACCGGCCUACUGCGCAAGGUCACCGAUGGCGACCAUGACGGUUUGGACUCGGCGAUGGAGCACUUCCAACAUUCACACGCCGCCGGCUUGCUAGACAUGCAUCAGCUCGCGAUGGUCGUCAACCUGCACCUGGACAACAAUCAAACAGACAGGGCGAUGCAGAUUGUACAGACAUGUGCCGCGGCUGUGCCCGAGUACCUGGCCAGCACUCACUUCCUCAAACUUCUCGACAGUCUGAUCACGUCCAACACGAAUGAACUGCCGCUGCUGGAGUACCUGGCGGAGAACCAUCUGCUCGACUUUAACAACAUAGCGUUUAUCGAUCAAUUGGUGGAAUUCUACAAUCAGCGCGGCAAGCAGACCAUCGCUGAGCCGUUGAAGGAGAUGGUCAAGAUGUCGGGCAAGCCGAGCAAGAGUGCUGCGUUCGCCUCAAUUGUCAGGGCGCUGGCAUUUAAGGAGGACGCCGACAUCAAGAAGUGGUUGGACUACCUCAUUGCGCACUCAUUCUCAAUCGUGCCCAGCGUAUAUAUUGAGCUCGACGAAUACUUUGCCGCCAACAAGAUGGACGAGUGGCGCCACAAGAUGCGAGUGCACCAGUUUGGCGAGCAUCCACAACAGCUGACGCCAAUGGUCUACGUCGACUCGGCCACCAUUCUAUCGCGAUACGACCUGCUGGACGAUCUGUCAACCAAAAAGGCCAUCACCGACGUCCUGCUGGCGGGUGGUCGUGGCGACCAUGUACAGAAGCUCUUCACACAGCUGGUGCUGCUCUUUCUCCAGAUCAAUCGAAUUGACAAGGCAAUGGAAUGGUACAACUGCAUGAUCCGCGACUUCAAGAUCGCGCCAACCGAGGAGAUCGUGUUCUUCUUUAUCAGAUACAAUUCGUUGAGCGAGAAUGAGGAUGCAGCCAGACACUGGAUGAAGGAGCGAUACUACCGCGGCAUCCCGAGGACGGACCGCAUCGACCUGUACUACACACAAUACGAUCAAGGCCAGUACCGAGAGGCACUUGGCAACAUGUUUGACAAGGCGAGGCUGGUCGACCCCCUGCUCAGGGUGGUCCAGCUCGCGGAGGAAGGACGACUGAGCGACAUCAUCAAGGAGGUGCAGCUGCGCCCGACUUCCCUCAGCAUCGAGCUGUUGGCCAACUCAAUGUUGUUCUCAAAGCUGAUAUGUAAUGAACGAAGCAUGGUGCCAAUGAUCGAGUUGAUGCACAAGCACUGGACAGCCGACAAUGCACUGUUCAUCAGAGAGCCACUGGGCGAUGUCAUCAAUGUACUGUCUCUGGCUACACAAAAGAUUGAUUCGCCAUCGAUCAAACAUCAAGUGGUGAUGCUGUGCAGUCAGCUGUUGGAGAAACAGAUACAUAUGUAUGGAGGAAAUUGCACAAGCCGCACUCUCCAUCACUACAUCAACAUGAUCAUUGAUGCGAACGUUUCUAUUGGUGAAGUCCCCGCUAUCAUCAUCCAGUACCUUGACAGUGCUUUCAGUAAUGUGAUCGAGAGCUACGAACAAGAGGUGGACUCGCGCAGGAGACAGAAGAAGGAGGGACGGCAGUACUCUACAGAGAGAAAUCAAGUGGCGAGAGAAGAUAUUCAGCACAUGUCAGUCGUAUCAUACAUGCUCUGGAAGUUGGUGCAGGCGGGCCACUUUGACAAGUGCAUUCGUCUGUUUGAGGAGCUGCCAUACAUUGAUAAUAGGUGCUAUAGACAGGUGCUCCUGGCAUUGUAUUCAGGCAAGACAUCGAUCAGCCAGGCAAGGUGGAGAGCCUUGGUCGAGCGCAUCGACCAUGUGAUCAUACAUAAUAUCGUCGAGAUGCUUCCAACAUUGUUGAACGACAGGAUAUCGAUCAAAUUGCGGAUGGAGCAUCUGAUGAACUUAUCCGCGCGACUAGAUGGCAAGAGAUUUGCGAUACCAUUAAGUCUACACGAAAGACUUCAACAACAUCUAGUGCUAUGCAAAAAGGAUACCAGACCAGAGAGAGGUGCCAUCCAACGAUUAAUAGAUUGUUCGAUCAUUGACCAGUCUUCAAUGGGUGAGCCACCAAUUACAUCUCUACAUCAAUAUAUGAUAAGGCAAAUGUUUGGAUUGUCCAACCCGUAA